AUGAGAAACGACGCCGUCGCCAUAUACAGCAGCCCUCGCCUUCCGAAUGUAGACGCAGAAUGCGAAGGAGAAGCAGCCGCACAGGCUACGGAGAGCCUUUUCCGGACGGAUUUGACGGGAGGUAAGGUUCUGGCCGGAACAAUGAGCGCGAUACCGGCGGUGAAGGAGGUGGCAGGGACGAGUAGCGACGGAUCGACGGCGGCUACAGUGCUCCUCAUCCUCAGUCAGCUGGGGAAGAUAACAGUGGGCGUAAUUGGGAAAAAACCGAAUUUCCCUAAAUUUCACGCGUACAUCACGUGUCGAAAUUCCUUUCCGCCGUCUACGUGUCUCCGCUUAAACACGCUUCAAACAACCCCCAAGGGCACGACUGUCCCCAAAUCCAAGACCGAAUAG